CAGAGGACACAGUCAGUCGCUGCUGCGCGUCAAGGAAUAUGGCAAAGACUGCGGGUAAAGGCAACUUAAAACCACAUUUGAACCAGAAUGGCUAUAACAGCAGGAGAGAGAAAAAUGGCCCAGGGACUGGUGUCGCCUCCAGGCAGCACAGGCACGAGUCCUUUGAACAGGCCCCCAUGUACGUGGCUGUCCUGACAUACCUGGGCUUUGGCAUUGUCACGCUGUUUGGCUACCUCAGAGAUUUCCUCAGAGCCGUGGGCUUAGAGAAGUGCCACCUUGCCCAGGAAAGAGUGGAACAGAAGGCUUUCAUACCGCUUUAUCAAGAUUUUGAGAAUUUUUACACUCGAAACUUGUACAUGAGGGUACGAGACAACUGGAACCGUCCCAUAUGCAGCCUGCCGGGACCUGUAUUUGACCUGAUGGAGAGGGUGUCCGAUGACUACAACUGGACCUUUAGGUUUACAGGGAGGACCAUACCCAAUGUCAUCAACAUGGGCUCUUACAACUACCUCGGUUUUGCUGAGAACAAUGCUGAUUUCCUGAAAACGGUGGCAGAGACGACACGUCAGUAUGGGGUUAGUGUCUGCAGCACAAGGCAGGAAAUAGGUAACCUGAGCAUCCAUGAACAGCUGGAGCAACUUGUGGCCAAUUUUCUCGGAGUAGAGUCCUCCAUGACGUUUGGGAUGGGUUUCGCCACCAACUCGAUGAACAUUCCAGCACUUGUUGGCAAGGGUUGUUUGAUACUGAGCGAUGAGCUCAAUCACACAUCUCUCAUCUUAGGGGCCAGACUGUCAGGAGCGACCAUCCGCGUGUUCAAGCACAACAACAUGCACAGUCUGGAGAAGAUGCUGAGAGAGGCAGUGUGCUCUGGGCAGCCACGAACCCACAGGCCCUGGAAGAAGAUCCUCAUCAUGGUGGAAGGCAUCUAUAGCAUGGAGGGCUCAGUGGUGCGACUUCCUGAGAUCAUCGCUCUGAAGAACAAGUACAAAGCAUAUCUGUACCUAGACGAGGCCCACAGUAUCGGAGCAGUGGGACCAUCGGGGAGGGGCGUGACCGAGCUGUUUAAUGUGAACCCAACUGACGUGGACGUGAUGAUGGGCACCUUCACCAAGAGCUUUGGGGCUGCUGGAGGCUAUAUCGCAGGGAAAAAGGAGCUGGUGGACUACCUGCGCAGUCACUCUCACAGUGCAGUAUAUGCCUCGGCCAUGUCCCCUCCUGUCACUGAGCAGAUCAUACGCGCCAUGAAGUGCAUCAUGGGAAAAGACGGGAGCACAGAGGGCAUUAGACGGAUCCGCCAACUGGCAGAGAACACCAGAUACUUCAGGGCCAGACUGAAGGAGAUGGGCUUCAUCAUCUACGGCAAUGAUGACUCACCUGUGGUUCCCAUCCUGCUCUACAUGCCAGGCAAAGUGGUGGCUUUUGCUCGAGAAAUGCUGGAGAGGAAAAUUGGUGUUGUAGUGGUCGGCUUCCCGGCUACACCGAUUACAGAGGCCCGAGCUCGCUUCUGUCUGUCUGCAGCACACACCAGAGCCAUGCUGAACCAGGUGCUGCACCAUCUGAACGAGGUGGGAGACACUCUCUGCCUGAAGUUCUCACGGCUGAAAUAUACCCCGAGUCCUGACCUCUAUGAUGAGACAGACUUUGAGCUGGACAGCUGAUAUGACCCCUGACACCUUCAUUUCACAGUGUCAAAACCAAGUGUCCGCGCCGCAGCAGACCCGUAAACACACAGUGCAGAGUAACACCCACGUCUCACUGCACGAGAGGCAGCCAAAUGUUUAGCAGCUGCUUUUUAUACAUUUGUACAACAUUUUGAUUUGACAGAACACUUAUUUUUGCUUCCUUACAAGAGACUCUAUUUGAACUAUUUAAAUGUUUUAUUUCUAAAUACAUAUAUAUAUAUGUAAAUACAAACAUGAAAUUAUUGCACAGGCAUUGCAGGAUUGGUGUCAAACUCAAAUGCAUUGUAAAAUAUUUUGAGUCAUUUAGCCUUUUAUAUUGAGACAUCAUUCUAAAUACUUGUUUCUAUAUUAAGCACUGAAAACUGCUUAUCAUAAUUUAUUGUCACCAUUUACAGUAUGUAGGAUUUAGGGGGUAUAUAUUGGCAGAAAUGUAAUAUGUAUGUUUUCUUUUGUUACCUUAGAAUGAGCCAUUUAUAUCUACACAGGAAGCAGGUCCUCAUCCACAAAGUCCGCCAUGUUGCACUGCCAUGUUUCUACAGUAGACUAGAAUGGACAAACCAAACACUGGUGCUAGACAGGGCCAUCUGCGUUUUCGUGUUGGCCUCCUUAGUUAGCAUCUCCUCCGUGAUGAGCCGAACAGCCUCUGAGAAACACUGAUAUGUAAUGUGAAACUGCUUUAUUCAUUGUUUUCAGUGAUUCACAAAUGAUGGAUCGCGGUCCUAAAGUGGAUCAUGGGUCCAUUCUGAAAAGACCGCAAGUCACUUGCAAACACUAUUUUUAAGUACAGUGAAUUUCCUGCACAGAGCUUUUAUUUUGAAGUGCCAUUUCCUGCGACUUGACAGAGACAAACUAGCUGGGCAACAUGGCCAAAGGCAAGUAUGAUGCUGUAUAUAUUACACUGUUUGGACCUUUAACUAGUGUCUAAGGAGAUAUCUGGACACCAUGGCUGGACUGAUUUAAAUCACCAGAGAGGAAGAGACCUCUGCAGUUAAUCGGCUCCCACUAAAAACCUCCUGAACAAUAAACCCUGAAGGAAUUUUAACCGGGAGAAUUUUCUGCUGGUUGCAACCUGCAAUCCUCACUGCUAGAUGUCACUAAAUUCCCCUAAAUCCUACAUACUGCUCCUUUAAAAGAUGCCAGUGGUGGUCAUUAUUGUGAGGAGUCCCAUUUACUUCCUGUACAUGGAGAAGUAUUUAAAAGUUAUGGAAAAGGCAUUUGUAGGUUGACAUUUCCCCUGUAGCGCACUGCUGCAUUGCUAAAAUAUUGUGUUUGCUGAUACCUAUUUUUAUUUUAUUUCCAAUAAAACACAAAUAUUGCACACAAAAACUUCCUGAAUUGGUUUUGGCAUAGAAAGCCAGAUUAAUUAUCCAGAUGACAGGCUUCUUAAAAGUCCUGAACCUUCCCUUUGGAACUGCAUUAAUUUCCUGACACAUGAUUAUUUACACUACUCAAGGCUGAAGUGACUGAGCAAACGAUGACGAAGAUGCCUGUUGUGCUCCACAGUGAACUGUUUUUGUAAAACUUUCCUCAGUGUAACACCACUUUGAUCUGUAAAUAAUAGAUCACACAGCAAUUACUUAACUACUGAGCUAAAUCUCAACAAACCCCGUGCGAGAAAAAAGGUGUUAUGGCUUGUUUCGUGGCGAGACUUCUCAUCGUCACCAAGUCUUAACAGCUUAAUUGUUGAUGUUUUAAAGACCCGCUGUUCUCUUUCACACACAGACUGUGUAACAGUCGUGAAGGUAAGCAUGCAGAGUAUGCGGCACCUGAGCCAACAGAAACCUAACCUGGCAAUUAGCGCUGAACUCUAAAUUCUCGUGGUAUGGGGUAAUCAUUUGAUUAACACAGGAAGGAUUAUAGAUGGAUGAUAAAUGUGUUUUCACAAUGUGUCAGAUUGGGUCUAGUCGACACUUGUUUGCCCUCAGGACGUUACCGUGUUUGUGCUUUUUUUCCUCCUCAUAAACAACAUAGUGAUGACAUUUUACAACAUGGAACUAAAAUGCAAUAUGCAAAUCUUUGGGAAAAACAUGUUGGAUGAACUGUAAACAUAAGAAAUUAAAGAAAAAAAAACUAAAAGAGAAAACUAUUGAAA